AGUCUCAACCAUGGAUUGUGAAACGAGAAAUAAACUACAGCUACUAUCUCUUUAUCUUCAAAACCUCCCCGAAACCAUUCCUUAUGCAGACCCUUCGAGCCCACAGUACAGCUUCGACUUCAAUGACGAGAAGAUCAAUGAUUAUGGUCCUAUCGGCGCACUGAACCGUGAACUUGAAGUGCGCAUGGGUCAGCGAAACAAAGGUCCCAUUUCUUUUAAGGAGUGUGGACCUAGCCUCAAUGUUGUGACCAAUGUACUCGGGGACUACCUGGAUCAAUAUCAUGAGUCUCCAGAGACGGUACUUCUCAUCAAAUGGGUGGAUGACCUUACGAUAGCAGCAGUAGCUGCAUUCAAAUCUGCCAGCAUUGAAGAUCCCUGUCAUCUACUUAACCUUGCCAUAAAGGAUAUCUGCCUCCUCCCUGAGUUUGCCGAGGUAAUUCAGUCAAAGCACUUUGACCACCAAUGUGCUCUACUGAACAUUGGACGAGGCCUCGAGGGUAUCAGUGAUACUCGAUUCAGUACCCUCUACUGGGCUGCUUUGUUGGUCCAGAGAGGAAUACCAGCUUUUCAGGCAAUCAUCGAGGAUGAGAGCCUUGGGAUUGAAAUUAAAGGUAACCUUAAUGAACUUUUUGUCCCUGGAGGGCCAAGGUACCGUUUUGAGAUGGACCUUCCAAAAUUCCUCUCCGUUGUUGGACCCUGGGCCAGAGGGCUGAAGCUACUGAAUAGUACGAUGGAAUCUACUUGCCAGAUUGGGAAUGGGCAUUUUGAUGAGCUCGUUAAUGAGACACUGCAGUCUCACGAUUUGUAUGUGACGACCUUUGUGCUGAAUCCAGUAUACCGAAAUGCACCCAUUUACAAGCAGGUCAACCCCAUGGCAGGCCCGACUCUCACAAUCACCAAAUCUGUUACUGGUGUUAUCACCUGUGCCACGAAGCCUCCUCAGGAUAUGGUAACGCGUGCUGCCCUUGCCCUACAAAGGAUUUUGCGACGUGAGUAUGGAGAUUCCUAUGAGGCCGGAAAGUAUCCUGAUCCAGUAGUCGAGAUGAAGCUGCACAAUCCUAUGCUCGCUGAGUUCAGCCCCACGGAUGCAUUGGUUUCUUUUUGCACCCAAUUCAAAGCCUACAUCAAGGGCGAGGACCCAUUCAAUCAGAAGAUGAGAAUGAACGAAAGUGUUCUUGGCUGGUGGAAAGCAUUGCAAAAAGACGAGUUAGCUAAUGUUCUUGCACCUCUCGCAAUCAAGGCUUUUUCAGUGUCUCUGACAUCCAUGCCAGAUGAACGCACCAUGUCAAUGAUUACUUGGCUCAACUCUCCUCGCCAAACGGACGGGUCAGGGAAGAUGCGGAUGGGUAGCGGAACGCAUGGGGAAAUGGUGGUAAGGCAUGGGAAUUAUACGGGAUACGGGCCUACAGUGGGGACGUUCCCCACAGCGUUCUUCUCGGUCUCAUCAGUGACUCCACAGAAAUUGAAAACACCAUACAAACCUCUCAUCAAGUGGUGUGAUAUGGAAUCCACUAUCCUUGGCAAGUGUCCUGCCGAAGAUUUGCCUCUCGCUGGUCGAAUGCCUCCUCCACCUGAAGCGAGAACAGUGGACUCAGACUCGGACUCAGAAGAUGAGUUUGAUGAUGGCGCAGAUUGGUUGGAUGGUCCAGCUGUUCUUUCAGAGUUUAAGACAGCGGAAAAAGACUCGUUUGUGCUUGCAGCAUCCAGCAGUAUUGAUUUACAUGCACCCUACCUACGUGAACUGCUCGAUUUGAUCGGAAAACAACCUUCACACCUGGGUUCUGCACCAAUAAAGAAGGCUGCUGCUAAAAACCUGUCCUCGUCUGUCCCCGACCCUUCUGCUUGGGACGAGUGGAAAUAA